UUAACUUGUGAGAGACGUGCUGCCUGAAAACAAUAACUACGUGAACAUAAAAACGUUUCAGUGUUAAAUUAUGCCUCGACCAACUCGUGAAUCGUAUGGAGACCAGAAACCGCCGUUCUCAUACAUCGCACUCACGGCCAUGGCCAUCUGGAGCUCACCAGAGCGCAUGCUGCCACUCUCAGAGAUAUACCGGUUUAUCACAGAUCGAUUUCCAUAUUAUAGGAGAAAUACUCAGCGUUGGCAAAAUUCUCUGAGACACAAUCUCUCCUUCAACGAUUGCUUUGUGAAGGUGCCGCGUAGGCCUGACCGACCCGGCAAAGGUGCUUACUGGACUCUUCACCCUCAAGCAUUUGACAUGUUCGAAAAUGGGUCACUUCUCCGCAGACGCAAGAGGUUUAAGUUGCACAAAGGUGAAAAGGAUAGUUUAAAUGCUGAGUUGGCAGCUCUAGCCACAUUCAACCGAGCAUUUUUAGCCCGACAGGCGAGUUCAACGCCUUCAUCAGGGAUGACUAGUAUGUAUGCACCACAAGUGGCGUUAUGUUCAAGACCUAGCCCUGAUCCAAUGGAUGGUCCAGACACGGCGGCGUUAUUGCCGACGGGACCACGGCCGCGACGGGCAUUCACAAUAGAUGCACUGCUGGAGCCAGAACCCCGGCAGACGUCGCCAUCACCACCUUCUCCUCAGCAGCCCCAGCCACAUUACCCUAUGCCACUACCAGCGCCGUAUCUACUAGCCGCUCAAAGAUACCACGCAGAACUCUUGGCUGGUCUGCAGCAAUCCUGUCUGCCACCUCUCUGGACAUGGCGAGAUAGCCAGUUCUCACAUUAUACGCUUAAUUCAUGAAUGGUAUCAGUUCGCCUAGUUUCAAGAUCUCAAUAGUUCUAGUGUUAAGAAAAUGUAGAGGCACCUUACGCCAUGUGUUAUAUAGUUUUGAAGAGGGGAAUACAGUGACUAUUUAGACAAAAUGUGAACAUUCCUAUUUAUUGUAUGCGGUUUUAUAAUAUAAUUAAAUUAGCUAUGAAUGGCGAAAACAAGCAAGAAUUUUCAAGAUUAAAUUGGAAAAGUUAACGCCAGCAGAAACAAUGGAAAGCCCCAACUCUAAAAUAAUUACUUUUUGUUAUACUUCGUAGAUUUUGAAUCUGUGAUAUUUUUGUUAGUUAAAAUGUAAAUAUGUACAGCUACC